ACAUAAUAGAACAACCGUCGCGCUGUUCUGUUAUGACGUUAUAAAGCGCACUUUGGAAAAUGUCCUCGCGACAGCGCCUCAUAACAUGCCCGGAGUGUCCCACGGCAGCGCAGGCGAACAACAGGUGGAUUCCGAGGCCAAUCCAGACCUGGAAGUAGCCAUACUUCUGUGUCUCUCCGCCCCUAUGAGUAACCAUAGCAAAGCCACAGUAAAAGCCAGCGUACCGGAAAGAAGCUGAACGACGCGCUCGCGAUAUGGAUCAUUUCAGCGGUGACGUGACAUUAGGAGCAUUACGGACGAGACUGACCACUUACACGGUUCAUUCGGAAUUAUGUCACUGUAACGUUACAUCUGAUAUCGUCUUCUAAUACACAGAGGCUGUUUAUUUCCGUCCCAAGAGAGUGUUUGUAGACUUUUGGAGUCAUGCCUGUCAGUAACGGAUCGAUGAUGGAUUUGCCCUCGGGAUAUGUGAAAGUAAAGGCGCAUUACGGAGGGGACAUGCUGAUCUCUGACUUGGAUUUGGCCAUGACAUACACAGAGGUGUGUGAGGAGGUGAGAACGAUGUGUGGGGUCCGAAAGGAGAUGCCAAUUACACUCAAGUGGAUUGACGAUGAAGGUGACCCGUGUACCAUCUCAUCCCAGAUGGAGCUGGAGGAAGCAUUCCGGAUCUACACCCGGAACCGGUGCUCCGGACUCCUAUUGCAUGUAUUUCCAAGCAUUCCUGAAAAGCCUGGUAUGCCGUGCCCAGGAGAGGACAAAUCAAUCUACCGCCGUGGAGCCAGACGAUGGAGGAAGCUGUACCGGGUGAACGGGCACCUCUUCCAGGCCAAGCGCUUUAACAGGAAAGCAUACUGUGGCCACUGCAGCGAGAGGAUAUGGGGACUGGGGCGUCAGGGCUACAAGUGUAUCAACUGCAAGCUACUGGUCCAUAAACGCUGUCACAAGCUCGUCCCACUGACCUGUCAAAGGCAUAUGGAUCCAGUCAUGCCAUCACAGGAGCCGUUGGUAGACGAGGAUAAAAGUGGAGAGGAAGUGGAGCUUCCCCCUGAGGACCCUGAGGAAACAGAUGCAAUUCCAGUCCCUUUUUUAGCACACAACCGGAAAGUAGAGAAAGCUGAAGAUGACGCAGAGGAUCUGAAGGCGGUGGUGGAUGGUAUCGAGGGGAUUCAGAUCUCUCAGGGUCUCGGCCUGGGGGACUUUGACCUGAUCCGGGUGAUUGGGAGGGGCAGUUACGCCAAGGUGCUACUGGCCCGACUCAAGAAGAACGAACAGAUUUAUGCCAUGAAGGUGGUGAAGAAAGAGCUGGUCCACGAUGAUGAGGACAUUGACUGGGUCCAGACAGAGAAACACGUCUUUGAACAAGCAUCAACCAAUCCAUUCUUAGUGGGACUUCACUCUUGCUUUCAGACAGAGAGUCGGCUGUUUUUAGUGAUCGAGUAUGUGAACGGAGGAGAUCUCAUGUUCCAUAUGCAGAGGCAGCGGAAGCUUCCAGAGGAACAUGCCAGAUUUUAUGCUGCUGAAGUUUGCAUCGCUCUUAAUUUUCUGCACGAGAAGGGCAUUAUUUACCGGGAUUUAAAACUGGACAAUGUACUAUUGGACCAGGAUGGCCAUAUCAAAAUUACAGACUAUGGCAUGUGCAAGGAGGGAAUCAGACCAGGUGACACCACCAGCACAUUCUGUGGGACGCCCAACUACAUCGCCCCAGAAAUCCUGAGAGGAGAAGAUUACGGCUUCAGCGUAGACUGGUGGGCCCUGGGUGUGCUUAUGUUUGAAAUGAUGGCAGGCCGAUCUCCAUUCGACAUCAUCACUGACAAUCCUGAUAUGAACACAGAGGAAUAUCUCUUCCAGGUAAUUUUGGAGAAGCCGAUACGGAUUCCCAGGUCAUUGUCUGUUAAGGCUGCGAGUGUGCUGAAAGGCUUUCUGAACAAGGACCCGAAAGAGAGGCUGGGAUGCCAAGUUCAGACCGGAUUCACAGACAUCAAGUCUCAUACGUUCUUCAGAAGCAUAGACUGGGACCAGCUGGAACAGAAGCAGGUGACGCCACCGUUCAAACCUCAGAUCACAGACGACUACGGUUUAGAUAACUUUGACACGCAGUUCACCAACGAACCCGUGCAGCUAACACCAGACGACGAGGAUGUGAUAAAGAGAAUAGACCAGUCUGAGUUUGAGGGAUUCGAGUACAUUAAUCCUCUGCUGCUCUCCACUGAAGAAACCGUAUGAGGGAAGAACAAUACUGCUGAUGUUUCUCUGCCUGCGGCUCCACAAGACUACUACAGCUGAGUUUAGCUCAGACUAUGUGUUCACAGAGAAGAACUUCUCCUUAAAACUGUGUUAAAGACAAAAAGCAACACUACGACUUCACGUUUCGGACCGUCCUUGAGUUAUUUUGGGGUUACACUGGGAGAAGAAACGACUGGAGAAACUUCAGAAAACACACUCACAACUAUUCCCCAAAUUUCAGCUGUUGAUUGUCUUCCUGCUUCCCAGCAUCCUCUUUAAUUUUCACGCCCAUGUGUCCACGUGCACUGUUAAUUGGGACUAAAGUUAGUUCCUUCAAUGUGUGCCUGCGUCCAUCAGAGACUACACUUCCCAUCAACCCUUGCUAAAUAUGACAGUUCUAACUUAAUGUGCACUUUUAUUUUGUUAGAUUUUUUAUUUUUUUUGAUUCUCUUUAAUCUUGUAUGAGGCUCGUCCUCAAGCGAAACAAGAAUGUAUAAUGUUUAAAAGUAAAAAAAAAAUGGUUGUAUUAUAGUGUAGGUAGCCAAUCUAAGAAUAUAUGAUGCCUUCUAUGAUGCAAAGUGGCACAUUUUAAUUCAUGAUCAUGAUGGAUUCAUCCGCAGUGGGUAGCUGUGCUUCAAGCCACAAGCUUUUAACCUCCCAUGUUGGUUUCACAGAGUAAAUGGGAGAUAAAAUGUGUUUUUUGAAGAAGUGCCUCAAAGAUCCAAAAUUCACCAUGCUCCAACUGCUCUGAACUCCACGUUAGAUUGGAGUUGGUUUUUCAAUGCACCAUCCAAUGAGAAAGUGGGCUGCAGGUGUUAUUAUUAUUAUUAUUUUUUACAUAACAUAAACACACUGAUCCAAAUGUUGAAAACAAAACAUGAAGAUUAGACACUGAAUGAUCACAAAGCCCAAAUACAUCUGACCAGCAGUAAUAUUACCAACCUCGGCUCAUUAGAAAAAAACUUUCCUCUAUCCAUAUUUUUGCAAAACUCCAAAAAUGUAUAUACAUUUUACUGCAGU